AUCAACUUCAUCUUUAACACAUGCUUCCAUUAUCACAUCAACUCCAUCUUUAACACAUUCUUCCACUAUUACAUCAACCCUAUCUUCAAUACAUACUUCCACUAUAUCAACUCCAUCUUUAACACAUACUUCCACUUUUACAUCAACUCUAUCUUCAAGACAUACUUCCACUAUAUCAAGUCCAUCUUUGACACAUACUUCCACUAUUUCAUCAACUCUUUCUUCAACACAAACUUCCACUAUUUCAUCAAUUCAAUCUUCAGCACAUACUUCUACCUUUUCAUCAACUCAAUCUUCAACACAUUCUUCUACUUUUACAUCACCAUCACCUACAAUACAGUCCUCUUCAGAUCGAUUAACCACAAUGUUUAUUUUCCCUUAUUUAUGGCAAACAUCCAAAGCAACAAUCAUUCCUCCAGCACCAAUUCUUAAUUCAAAUCAACCAACACAUUCCACUUCAAAACCAACACUUUCUUCAUCUAAAACUCAGUCUUCGCAUGAUUUCUCUUCAGCUGACCAGCAGAAAAUGUCCUCAUCGAAGUUUCAUUUGUUUCACUAUUUAACGCAAACAACACCAUUAGCUCCUCCUCCACCAAAUAUACUGACCAACACAACAAUUUCACAUGUACCUAGUGGUCUGUGAAAUCAAACAGGGAGCUUCUAUUUCCCCAACUUAUGCCUUGGUCACAUUUGCUCCAAUUUUCUCUACGGCGCCCGGCCGAUUGAGUAUUUUGUUCAAAAUUGAAUACAAUAUUGAACAAAACACUCAAUCGAGCGGGCGCCGGCCGAUGGAUCGGGGCAAAUGUGACCAAGGCAUUAACGAUCUUGAAAUACUUCAUUGAAAAACCAAUUAAUCUCGACAAAUCAUCUUUUAAUGCCUUUGGGUGUCGAGUUUUGAAACAAGCAUUGUCAGUAUCUCGAGUGUACCUCCUUCAUUACCACACACACCGCCAAACACGGUUUGUUACUAUAUUGUAACUUAGAACUUGUGUUGGUGUUAUGUCAGUGAAUGAAUACAGAUGAAAUAUGUCAUAAUAUAUUUUGAUUUCUAUUUUUGGAAGUGGGA